AUGACCACUUUGCUAUUAGUGUUUGUGUGCUUGCGAGUCAUGGCUGCAGCUGCCCCCCUGGAGCUCUCAGACGGUAGUGAUGGCCUGGAAGUGAAGAUACCUGAGCAGUCUCCCCUGCGUGUUAUCCUGGGAAGCUCCCUGAACAUCCCUUGUUACUUCAACAUCCCGGAGGAGGAGGACAGCAGCGCCCUGCUGACGCCCCGGAUCAAGUGGAGCAAGCUGGCGAACGGGACCGAAGUCGUCCUGCUGGUGGCCACCGGCGGCAAAAUCCGCCUCAACUCGGAGUACAGGGAGGUGAUCUCCUUGCCCAACUACCCUGCCAUCCCCACCGAUGCCAGCCUGGAGAUCAAGGCACUGAGGUCCAACCACACCGGCAUCUAUCGCUGCGAAGUGAUGUAUGGCAUUGAGGACAGGCAAGACACAAUAGAGGUCCUGGUGAAAGGCAUCGUGUUCCACUACAGAGCAAUCUCCACCAGGUACACCUUGAAUUUUGAGAAGGCAAAGCAGGCCUGCAUCCAGAACAGUGCUGUCAUUGCUACUCCGGAGCAGCUGCAAGCUGCCUACGAGGACGGCUACGAGCAGUGUGACGCCGGCUGGCUGGCGGAUCAGACUGUCAGGUACCCCAUCCACUGGCCCCGGGAGCGCUGCUAUGGUGACAAGGAUGAAUUUCCAGGAGUGAGGACCUACGGUGUCCGUGAGCCUGAUGAAACCUAUGACGUUUACUGCUAUGCAGAGCAAAUGCAAGGCAAAGUCUUCUACGCCAGCUCCCCGGAGAAGUUCACCUUCCAGGAGGCUUUGGACAAGUGCCGCAGCCUGGGAGCUCGCUUGGCCACCACGGGGGAGCUGUACCUGGCCUGGAAGGAGGAGGCCAUGGACGUGUGCAGCGCGGGCUGGCUGGCCGACCGCAGCGUGCGCUACCCCAUCUCCCGCGCGCGCCCCAACUGCGGCGGCAACCUGCUGGGGGUCAGGACUGUCUACCUCCACGCCAACCAGACCGGGUACCCCCACCCCGACUCGCGCUACGAUGCCAUCUGCUACAGUGGGGACGAUGUUGGCAGCCUGAUCCCAGGGCAGUUCAUCGACGAGCCAGGAAGUGGGCUGGGCAGUGCCUUCACUGUCCAGACUGUCACCCAGACCGAAGUGGAGCUGCCCCUGUCCCGCAACGCCACGGAGGAGGAGGCUCGCGGCAGCAUCGCCACCCUGGAGCCCAUCGAGAUCACAGCCACAGCCACCCAGCUGUAUGAUGGCUUCACUGUCCUGCCUGACUUCUUUGCCCCAGGGGCCACAGUAGAGACAACUGCCCCAGAGGAGAAUGUGACCAGGGAAGACGCCACAGAGGGCUGGACUGCACCCGCAAUGCUCACCACCAUAGCCUUAGGCACUGCCACUGAAAUGGCAGAGGUGAGCUCGGUGGAAGAUGUCGUGGGGGUGACUGCCACACCAGGACUCGAGCCUGCCUCGACGUCCACAGUGGAGGAUCAGCUGGUUCAAGUGACAGCAGCCCCCGGUGUGGGUCUCCUCCCUGAGCAGCCCAUCUCCCCCACGGGGGUGGUGUUUCACUACCGUGCUGCCAGCAGCAGAUACGCCUUCUCCUUCGUCCAAGCCCAGGAGGCCUGCCUGGAGAACAACGCCGUGAUCGCCACCCCUGAGCAGCUGCAGGCUGCCUACGAGGCUGGCUUCGACCAGUGCGACGCCGGCUGGCUGCGGGACCAGACAGUCAGGUACCCCAUCGUGACCCCCCGAAGCAACUGCCUAGGGGACAAAGAGAACUCCCCUGGCGUGCGCUCCUAUGGCAUGCGCCCUGCCUCCGAGACCUACGACGUCUACUGCUACAUCGACAGGCUCAGGGGAGAAGUGUUCUUCGCCACGCAGCCGGAGCAGUUCACCUUCCCGGAAGCUCAGCGGUACUGUGAGAGCCAAAACGCCACCCUGGCCUCCGUGGGCCACCUGCACGCCGCCUGGAAGCGGGGCCUGGACAGGUGCCACGCCGGCUGGCUGGCGGACGGCAGCCUGCGCUACCCCAUCGUCAGCCCCCGCGCCGCCUGCGGCGGGGACGCGCCCGGCGUCAGGACCAUCUACCGGCACCACAACCAGACUGGCUUCCCCGACCCCCUGUCCCGCCACCACGCCUUCUGCUUCGCAGCUUUGCCACCCUUGGAGGAGGAUGGAGUCACCUCUAUCUCUGAAGAUGUACUGGCAACCCAAGUGAUCCCUGGGGUGGAGGGGGUACCCUCUGGGGAAGAGGUGACUGUGGAGACAGAGUUUGCCACUCAGCCUGAGAAUCAAACAGCCUGGGGGACAGAGAUCUUUCCAACUGAUGUGUCACUCCUCCCAGUGAGCCCAUCUGCCUUUCCUCCAGCUACCUUAACACCAGAGGAAACAAGCACCAAUGCUUCCACCAGCGAAGUGCCAGGGCAGGUGACUGAACCUGGAGCACAUCAGGCCAGUGGUGAAUCCUCAGCGUCUGGCUGGGGAUCUGGAGUCCCAGAUGCAAGUGGAGAGCCAACUUCUGGAGGCUUUGGGCACAGUGGAGAGCACUCUGGGGCUGGAGAAAGUGGAUUACCAUCGGUAGACCUGCACACCAGUGGCUUCCUGCCUGGAGAAAGUGGGCUGCCCUCGGGGGAUCUGAGUGGGGUCCCUUCUGGCAUCACUGAGAUCAGUGGCUUGCCCUCUGCAGGGGAGGACGUGUUGGUGUCUGCUUCCAGGAUGCCGGAAAUCAGUGGGAUGCCAUCUGGAGUGGAAAGCAGUGGGCAGCCUUUUGGAUCUGGUGGGGAAGUCUCUGGCACCGAGCUAGCCAGCGGCCUGGCACCUGGAGGGGAGAGUGGCCUCAGCUCUGGCUUCCCAACCGUCUCUCUGGUGGACACCACCUUGGUGGAGGUUGUAACAACGGCGCCGGCACGGCGAGAGGAGGGAAGAGGAUCCAUCGGGGUCAGCGGAGAGGGAGAUCUGUCAGGGCUCCCACCCACGGAAUGGGACACCAGUGGUGGGGCCCAAGGGCUGCCCUCAGGAGCUGAGCUCAGCGGGGAGCCCUCUGGGGUGCCCGAGCUCAGCGGGGAGCCCUCUGGAGGGUCUGAGCUCAGUGGGUUGCCCUCAGGACUGGAUGCCAGUGGAGAACCAUCUGGAACACAUGAGAUCAGUGGCCAGACAGACCUCAGUGGCCUGACAGACCUCAGUGGCCUCACUUCUGGCACCAGUGGAAGCGGCGAGGCCUCGGGCAUCACCUUCCUAGACACCAGUUUGGUGGAAGUGGCAACGACUCCCCCAGGGACCAGGGCAGAAGCUAAAGAGAUUGUGGAGAUCAGCGGAUUUCCUCCAGGAGGUGAAGAUGUGUCAGGAGUGGCAGCUGGGAGCUCAGACAGCAGUGGUGAAGCUUCUGGGCACCCAGACUUUGGCGGGAGUGCUUCCGGAGCGCUGGAGCUGAGCGGGCACCCGAGCACAGUGACUGACAGCAGUGGAGGAGCCUCUGGAGCCGAUGCCACCAGUGGCCUACUGUCUGGAGAGGGAAGUGGGCUCACCUCUGGCUUUCCCACCAUCUCUCUUGUGGAUACCACUUUGGUGGAAGUUGUAACCCAGAUCUCAGUUGCACAGGAGGUGGGAGAAGGACCCUCUGGGAUGAUUGAAAUCAGUGGGUUUCCUUCUGGAGACAGAGGACUAUCUGGAGAAGGGUCUGGAGCUGUAGAGACCAGUGGGUUUCCUGCAGGGACAGGGGACUUCAGUGGAGAGCCAUCUGGCAUCCCAUACAUCAGUGGAGACUUUUCUGGAGGUGUGGAUCUAAGUGGGCAGUCUUCAUCAGCGACUGACACCAGUGGGGAGAUGUCAGGGUUUCCAGAAGUCACCUUAGUCACUUCUGACUUGGUAGAAGUUAUGACAAGGCCAACAGUGUCCCAGGAGCUGGGGGGGGAAACGGCUGUCACCUUUCCCACCAGCUUUGAGCCAAGUGGAGAGGCCUCUGCCUCUGGUGAGCCGAGCGGGGAGACAUCUGCACUGCCAGAAAGUGGUGCAGAGACAUCAUCAGCUUACGAAACCAGUGGGGAAACAUCUGCCUUUCCUGAAGCUGGCACAGAGACAUCCACGGGUCAAGAAAUCAGUGGGGAAGGGGCUGUGCUUCCUGAAAGUGGUGUAGAAGCCUCCACAAACCAGGAAAUCAGUGGGGAAACUUCUGCAUUCCCUGAGGUGAGCACAGAAACAUCCACGGGGCAAGAAAUCAGUGGGGAAACCUCUGCAUUCCCUGAGGUGAGCAUGGAGACCUCCUCGGGGCAAGAAAUCAGUGGGGAAACCUCUGCAUUCCCUGAGGUGAGCACAGAAACCUCCUCGGGGCAAGAAGCCAGGGUGCGUGAAACCAGUGGAGAGAGCUCUGCCUUCCCUGAAAUCAUCAUAGAGACUUCCACAGUCCAGGAAAUCAGUGGGGAGAGCUCUGCCUUUCCCCACAUCAGCAUUGAAACAUCCACAGUGCCUGAAAGCAGUGGAGAGAGCUCUGCCUUCCCUGAGAUCAGCAUAGAAACUUCCACAGUCCAAGAUAUCAGUGGGGAGAGCUCUGCCUUCCCUGAGAUCAGCAUAGAAACUUCCACAGUCCAGGAAAUCAGUGGGGAGAGCUCUGUCUUCCCUGAAAUCAGGAUAGAAACAUCGACAAGCCAGGAAGCCAGGGGUGAAACGUUUGGCUACCCUGAAAUCAGCAUUGAAACAUCCAGGGUGCAGGAAAGCAGUGGGGAGAGCUCUGCCUUCCCUGAGAUCAGCAUAGAAACUUCCACAGCCCAGGAAAUCAGUGGGGAGAGCUCUGUCUUCCCUGAAAUCAGGAUAGAAACAUCGACAAGCCAGGAAGCCAGGGGUGAAACGUUUGGCUACCCUGAAAUCGGCAUUGACACAUCCAGGGUGCAGGAAAGCAGCGGGGAGAGCUCUGCCUUCCCUGAGAUUAGAAUAGAAACCUCCACGAGUCAGGAAGCCCGAGGUGAACCAUCUGCCUACCCCCAGAUCAGCACAGAAACAUCCACAGGUCAAGAAGUCAGUGGGGAAAGCUCUGCCUUUCCUGAGAUCAGGAUAGAAACCUCCACGAGUCAAGAAGCCAGGGGUGAAACCUCUGCGUUCCCCGAGACCAGCCCAGCAGCGGCCGCAGCGCACGGAACCAGCGCAGAAGCCUCUGCACUGCCUGUUGCUACCCCGGAGGCGGCUGCCACAUCCCUGGCCGCUGGGCAGCCCUCUGCUGCCGCUGCUGCCGCUGCUGCUGAGAAGGUGACAGCUGGAGCUGUGACACUCUCGGUCGCAGGCAUCUCGGAGGAAACCUCUGUCCCAGACACUGUAAUUAGCAGCAGCAGUGCAGAUGCUGAACCAACGCAGUCACCCAGGAGCCCUGAAGGGGCUCAGCUGGACACGGAGCCCUCCCCUCCCGCGGUGUCAGGACAGGAGACAGAGACUGCUGCUGCCCAAGACACCCCCCACCUGCUGGCCACCGCUACUGCCGGCCUGCCUCAAGCCUCGCAAGAAGCCAUAGAUGCUUUAGGACCCACUGCACAAGCCACUGCUGAGUGCCACCCAGGUCCCUGUCUGAACGCAGACUGCGCGGACGGCAGCGCCGAUGGCCCCUCCCAGCGCUUGUGCCCUCCCAGCUGCGGAGGGGACCUGUGUCAGACGGACCUGCAAAACUGUGAGGAAGGUUGGAUCAAGUUCCAGGGCCACUGCUACAGGCACUUUGAAGAGAGGGAGACUUGGACGGAUGCAGAGAACAGAUGUCGACAGCACCAGGCCCACCUCAGCAGCAUCAUCACCCCAGAGGAGCAAGAAUUUGUGAACAGUCAUGCCCAGGACUAUCAGUGGAUCGGCCUCAGUGACAGAGCUGUGGAGAACGACUUCCGCUGGUCCGAUGGGCACUCCCUGCAAUUUGAGAACUGGAGGCCCAACCAGCCUGACAACUUCUUUGCGGCGGGCGAGGACUGCGUGGUGAUGAUCUGGCACGAGCGGGGCGAGUGGAACGAUGUCCCCUGCAACUAUCACCUCCCUUUCACCUGCAAGAAAGGAACAGUGGCCUGUGGGGAGCCCCCCGUGGUGGAGAACGCCAAGCCCUUUGGCCAGAGGAAGGACCGCUACGAAAUAAACUCCAUGGUGCGGUACCAGUGCGACCAAGGCUACCUCCAGCGCCACCUGCCCACCAUCCGCUGCCAGCCCAGCGGGCAGUGGGAGCAGCCGCGGAUAUCCUGCACGAACCCCUCCAGCUACCAGCGCAGGCUAUACAAGAGGAGCCCCAGGAGCCGGUCGAGACCCAGCGGCAGAGCCACGCACACACCCACCCAUUAGAGAGGGGCCGGAGCCACCCAGGGGUAGAAGCGAGCAAGAGAGAUUGAACGGAACACUUCUAUUA